AUGCUUAAAUCAAUUAUCCUCUUGAUUUGCGCUCAUUGUGCAUUUUCGGAUAGAUUGGACGCUGGAAGUCAGGCGGAUUGUGUGGCUGCUGCCAAUAAAAUCUACAACAACGAAUGGGGAUUUGAUCAUAAAUUGGUAUACGACAAGGAGCUCGAGCCGUUCGCAGCAGAAACUCCAUGUGGCAUCGCCUAUUUGCAGAAUGGACUCGCAGAAGUUGGUAGCGGUGGAGCUCACACCUCGGUGAAUCUCAGAGAAGAGCAUACCAGAAUCGCGUGUGUCCCGAAAAAGUGCGGUGGGGUGGAGGUGGCGUGUGCUGUGGGUGGUCCCAGGUUGGUUUUUGAUAAAAAAUUUGAAUUUUCCACGUUUUUCUUAGUAUGGCCCUAA